AUGAAGAAAGCUACUUCCUUCAAAAUAAUAUCACUAUUAUGUUUACUAGUAGUAAUACCUACAUUGACAGCACCUGCUGAAACAGUUGAUGUAGGUACAGGAAACUCAGAAUCUAUAACAAUCACAGGUGAUAAAAGACAACUACCAAUAGAAGAAAUAGAACGUAUGAUUAAAGAAGCUAAACAAUUUGCUAUAGAAGAUAGGAUUCAAAAAGAGAGAAUUGAUGCAAAAAAUGAACUUGAUAAUUAUAUUUAUUUCAUCAAGGGUCUGUUAGGAAAGAAAUUCAGUCAUAACGAUGAGAAAAUCAUCAAAGAUGCAAUCAAGAAAACUCGUGAUUGGGUUGAUUAUUUUUCAAAUUCAGCUACUAAAGAAGAUUUCGAUAAAAAAUCAAAUGAAUUGAAGGCCGUUCUGCAUUCAAUUACUACGAAAAUGUAUUCACAUGAUGAAUUAUAA